UUUUUUGAAGCGUUCAAGAAUCCUUAGCUUUUUCAGUUCAAAUAAGGUUUUCCAGAUUUUUCUUUGAAACUUCUAAGAGCACGUGAAACUGAAUUCAACUAAAAGCCGCUUCCGUUCCAUUUUAGCUUGCGAUAACACGUGGAACCGUUGUUUUCAGGAAUCGGAAUAGUCUUAAAUUUCAAUAUUUUUCAGCGGCGAAAACCGUAGUUAAAAUGGGAAAGGUCUUUCAGCGGUACCAGAACGCCUGAAAUCAAUAAGAUUUUCUAAGUCGAAUUUUUCGAUCGUUCUCAAGAUUUACCCUUGAUUGUACAACAGAAGCAACCGUCUCGUUUAUGGUUCUGCUGUCGUUACAUCAAAGAGAAACACAGCCAGCUGAAAUUAAAUCCACGCAGACUGAAUCUGAUUAUCUAUAAAUUAUUUAAAGGCACUAGGAAUUAAUGCUUUAGGUAUUGUGUUGUGAAGUGCCCUUAAAAUCGGGCCGUGCGUGUUCGUGAGCAUGGCAGAUUCGUCGAGGGAAGAUAUUGAUUACGACACUAGAUCGGAGGCAUCCUCCAGCUCGUUGAGAUCUCGAAGUAUUUCUUCACCCUCUGGAUUUGCUCGACUUGGAAGUCACAGCAGGAGAGAUGUAUCUCCCGUGAAUUGGAUUUUGCCGCCAGGAAUUUCCGCACGAGCCUUGGGUGGUAUUUUCCAGAUUGAUUGGAUCACGAAGAAAGAGCUGCCUUUCUCGAAAGUGUCUCAUUUGUAUAAUCCCUGGAAUGACGGGAAACCAGUUAAAAUCGGCAGAGAUGGACAGGAGAUUGAACCAAAAGUUGCUGGAGAGCUUUGUCGCAUUUUUCCUGAAGAUGAGAGCACAGAAUUAACGCCGAUUCUGUAUAAAAGUAAAAGGGCAUCCAAGAGAGUCUCAAGGGAUCCUCAGAUGCGUACACCAGCUGGCACCUCAUCAUCUCCUGGUACAAAUUCGCGCCAAAAUGAUGGUUCUGUUGGACUUGGAGAAUUACCCGCAAGAAGGAGUAUUUACGAACGCUGCUCUCCGUAUAGAGAUCUGCCUGGUCAUAACCUGAACGUCGAUGAAUAUUAUCUGUCGCGCCGAAGAAGGUCGCCCAAAAUUAUCGGUCACUUGUCCGGUGGGAGAAGUUACCGCUUCGCAAAUUAUGGGGAUUUCCAUCGCCAUCCAGUCCAGUUUCCGCAUGAGGUGGUUAUUUACUUGUCGUACCCGCGUGACUGA